AUGGGCAGCAUGAAUUGCAAGUGCGUUGGUGAUCAGUUUAAAGGUUUAGAUGUUGAAAUUGAUAGCCUAGGUAAACGCAAGCUUAAAAAUCAAGAACCUCCAACUGCAGAAGUUACUAUAGAUCUAAUUCUUCCUUUUUCAGGAAAUUUUGGUGAUCUUCCUAUCUCCCAAGAAGUUUUAUCUACCGUAAACUCUCUUCCCCCAUUCAAUUUUUCAUCAGAGCCUCCCAACAUUAGAGAAUGAAAGAAAAUCAAGCUGAAAGAUGGGUCAGUUUAUAUCGGAGAACUCUCUAAAAAUAUCCCUAAUGGCCGCGGCAUAAUGGCUUUGCCGGAUAAAAGCUUAAUUGAAGGUCACUGAGAAAAUGGGGUACUAAAUGGAAAUGCCAGAGUUAUUCACUCUUCUCAAGAUUACUACUUGCUCCUCUCUUAUUUUGGAACAAAUAUAUAAUUUUUUUAGGUAAAUUAAGCCACUUUAAAUUGGAACAAAAUUCUUAUAUUUUAAAUACUUAUUUUUAUAUAGAUAACUUUGAUCUAAUUUAAUCUAGGAAUGAAAGUAGAAUGCUAUUUAAUUAGUUGACACACUGAAUUGAUAAAUUUUUGAAUUAAUUCUUUAUAUUAAAAUUCAAAAUAUUAUUAAUAAAAAAUUAAAUAAAUAUAUUUUUUUUAAAAAAAAAUUAGCCUCCUUAAAUUGGAGCAGUAUUUUGUAAUAAUUUAAAAGAGGGAAUUAGGCAAUUUUAUUGAUGGGAAAAAACAAGGAUGGGGUAUUCUGGUAACUGCUAGUGGAAAUACAUAUGAAGGUUAUUGAAGAAAAGACAUAUACAUUACAAUUGCGUGACGGUUGACAUGCCCUCUUAAAACUUAGCUGGUAGGCUCAUUUGGAGAUGGGGACUUGUGGAAGUGAGGACAGCAUCCAGAAAUUUUUAUCUGGCCAAGUUUUACUAGGUUCGGUAGAGGGCAUUUUCAAGCCAACCGCAGGUCUAGAUUUUGCCCCGUUGGGAUAUUGUUAGCUGGAGUUGUAAAGGGAAGACCCUGCAGGGCAGAGGAUGUCACUUGGCCAAUUGGGGAAAUCCCCAGCGCUAUACAAAGUUUUAUGUCCUGGACUCCUUUUCCAUUUUGGUCGAAAAUCCAUAAAACUCUUUUUGCGAAUUUUCUGAAGGCAAACCCGUUGGCAUAUAGUCCAGUGGCUCAGUGUCUCUGACUCUCAGGUAGCGAGCGCAAGCUCUCGUACGUGAGGACCAACACAUUGGAAGACCAUGUCCAGAAUGGCAACAAGGAGUGAAGAAUUGCAGAGAUUAGUAGUGGCCUGCUGACUUCCAAAGGACUUCUCUAAGUAGUUUAAGUUUAAGGUUAUUGAAGAAAAGACAAGCAGCAUGGGCAUGGUAAAGAAAAAUGUGAAGAUGGGACCGAUUAUAAUGGCGAAUUUAAGCAUGGCUAUAAGCAAGGUUAUGGAAAUAUUUCUUGGAUUGAUGGAAGCACUUAUAUAGGACAAUUUCGUAAAAAUAAUAUUGAAGGUGAAGGAAUUUAUAAAUGGUUUGAUGGAAAAAUGUACACAGGUAGUUGGAUUGACAAUAAAAUGCAUGGAUAUGGCAAAUUUGAAUGGCCAAACGGAAAAGUUUAUGAAGGGGAAUUUUUUAUGGAUAAAAAACAAGGCCAAGGAACAAUUUCUUGGCCAAGUGGGAAAAAAUAUGAAGGGAGCUGGUGUAAUGGAAAGCAGCAUGGAGUCGGAUGUAUCACAAACCAAAAUGGAGAAACUAGAAAAGGAGAAUGAAAUUUCGGAAGUAGAAUAAGAUGGCUAGAUCAAUAA